AUGAUGAAAGAAGAAGGGGGAGUAAGGUUGCUAGUCGCAAACUCGCAGUCAAUCACGCUGGCUCGACAGGUGCAAGACAAACGUGGCAUUGACAACCCAUUCCUGACCUUUGAUGAUACGGGAACAGAUGCUGGAACCGAGCGUACAGAGUUGGAAGAAUAUGUUUGGCAGUUUGCUGUUCAAGCAGAUCUCAAAGACCGAUACGAACUGCUCAGGUUCGGUGCGCGAUUAGCUCGAGACAAGCACGAGACUAUAAGCAGAUACGGGAACGAGCUUACAGACCCAGAAAAGCUACUACUAGAAAAGGAAAAGGACAAGAAGUCUGGGUUUUGGAAGCAGUCCAAGUUCUUCCGUGCGACCAUUAUGACGGCUAGCCUUGGAGGAAUGAUUCAAGGGUGGACACAAAGUGUCAACAACGGCACGGCCUAUGGUAUGCCACAAGAGUUCGGGCUCUGCAUUGAAAAGGGAGAUCACUGCCCAUCAUCUGAUUUGUGGACUUUUGGCAUGCUCAAUGCAAUGCCCCUACUUUCUGCCGGGCUGUUCGGGACUCUUAUUGCAGAUCCCCUGCAAGAAAACUUUCUAGGGAGGCGUGGCAGUGUCAUGCUGUCAUGUGCCAUUACAGUAGCCUCGACUAUUGGUUCAUCCGUCACGCACAAUGUAGGUCAGCUCGCAGCCUGUCGAGCAAUCAAUGGAGUAGCUUUGGGUGCGAAAGCAUCUAUUAUUCCAAUAUAUUCGGCUGAGCUCACACCAGAGCAUAUUCGCGGAGCAAUCCUGGCAAAUUGGCAGCUAGCUGAUGCGGCAGGCAUCUUCCUUGGUUUCCUUGCAAACCUGUUGGUCGUCAUUUAUGUCAAGAAUGCCGGCACUGCAUGGCGUAUCUUGACAAACACUGUUCUCAUCCCGACGAUACCGCUGCUCGUCAUGAUUUAUCUGAUGCCUGAGUCUCCACGAUACCUCAUGAAGCACGGCAGAUAUAGGAAAGCUCUGGAGGCCUUUGAGCAGGUACAGACCACACCUCUACUGGCUAGCCGUGAUUUUAUGUACGCGCAUGCCCAACUCGACUUUGAAAGCCGCAUGCUCAAGGGUCGUGCCAACGAAUAUGGUAAGUUGGCCGAACGCGUGGGAAAUGACGUCGAAAGUCUAGCUAGGCAAAUGCCUAUGUCAACCUCAAACGACCCGCAGCUUGGAGUUCUCGGAACGCAGUCUUCUGGAUCACCCGAUCGAUCUAUCCGACACUCUCAUGAUGGCGAAAUGGACAUCACAGAUGCAGACAACCCAUCAAGGGCCAGGCCUUCGCCCCUGACACAUCCACAUAGGAAUUUUCCGAACAGCGAUACGGAGCCUGCAGAUGUCGGAAGAAGGUGGAGCGAUAUUUCAAGUAUGGAUUUGGCGAGGGGGAUCCAUCAAGCGAAGAAGAAAGACAAUCCUUACUCAUACCAUAUUGGCGUAACAGGAUACUACAAGAGAUUGAUGGAAUUGUGGCAAAAUAGGAGAUGCCGCCGAGCCUUGUUGUGCGCCUCUAUAUCCAUGAUAACUCAACAAUUCACAGGCGUAAACACCAUCGCCGUCCUCGGAACGAUAGUCUGGAAAAACUCCAUCGAAGCCAACAGCGAUAAGACAGCAGCAAUCAUCGGCCUGGCAUUCGGUGCUGCGAAUUAUAUAUUCGGCCUUCCGGCUUAUUCGCUUUCCGAUAGGCUAGGGCGCUCGAAUCUACUUUGUCUGGGUCUACCAAACAUGGCUUGGUCAAUGCUGGUCUUUGCAUUCCUGUUCAAGUUACACGACCAGUCUGUCCGCGUACCUAUGGUCAGUGUCUUUGCUGUUAUUUUUGUCGCAUUUUACGCACCCACAGCAGGAACCUCUCCGUUUUCCAUAUGUGCAGAAGUAUUUCCACUGGUAUCCAGGGAAGCUGGUAUGGCCGUGUCAGUUGCUGUCAAUUUGCUUGGUGCCGGCAUUCUCGUCCUUGUAUUCCCUUUUGUGCUCCACGAAAUUGGCGCGACGAGUGCGUUUUCUAUUUUUGCAGGCUUAAACUUGGUGGCAUUUGUAUUGGUGUACCUUUUCGUUCCUGAAACAAGGAUGCGUACGUUGGAAGAGCUGCAAUACACAUUCGAUCUGCCAACGCGAUGGCAUAUCGCAUAUAGGGUUGUGUAUAUGCGCAAACAUGUAUCAGAAAAUUGGAGGAAAUAUUUGACAGGUAAGGAGGUUGAACCACCCAUUCCGUUUUACGAGUGGGCACGAGUGACGUAUAAAGAGAGGGAGCAGACGGCGUGA